ACUUGAGCUUCUGCAAUUAUUUGGUUAUUCCAAUGCAAGUACCAAGUAUGAGUUGAAAGUUUUUUCUAGUUUUAUGUCUUUGUAAUUUUUUUAAAUCAUGAAAUUCUCUACAUUUAAGGAACUACAAUCAUAUAUUACUGAAAAAGAGGAGAGAGAAUUCAUCCAGUGCUCCAUUAGUGACUCUAGAACUAUAGAAUCAGCUAGGAAGAGGCGGGUUAAACGCUUCAUGAAUGAUGAACUGGUUUAUUACCAAAUACAGUACAAGUGUAUACAUAGUGGUCUCAUUAAAAGCAAAUCAAAGGGGCUUCGACCAAAACAAAGCACCUACAAACUGAACUGUCCAUUCGUCAUGAACUUCAGGGUUGCUGCUGAUGGCAAAACUUUGGAUCUAGUGUCAUGUGUUGAUGAACACAAUCACGACCGAAAUAAGGACUCUUAUUCACUUCUUCCCAAACACCGUCAUCUAGAAGUAAAAUCCAAAGAAAUGGUGAAGCAUAUGCUCAAAUUGAGGGUCAACAAGAAACUACUCGAAACAGAAGCUCUCUCAAACAAAGUGUUGAAAGACGUCAACAACCUCGACACGGGAAAUGUCUCGGAUGAUAGUUUGCAGCAUGCCUUGGACUACCUUCGCUGCAAAGACAGCAAUACUGUUGAAAUUGUGAGUAAUAUAACAGAUGAAUUUCUUGGCAUAUUCUACCAAGACAACGAAAUGCAAAGAACUUACUCAACUUAUCCUGAAAUGUUGUUCGUUGAUGUCAUUCAGAAAGUAUCAAACUUACAAAUGGAGUUGUUAAUUUUUCUUGUUGAGGAUGGAAAUGGAGAUGCAGAAAUUGUGGCUUUGAUGUUGCUUGCUUCAAUUGACGCUCAUACCAUCACUGAAAUGAUUGAAGUUUUCAAAAAGUAUAACCCCGCUUGGAAAAGUACAGUUACAAUUAUGACUGACAGAGACUUCAAUGGUGGGGACGCUUUCAAAAAAGGUUUCAACAAUCCAGAAGUAAAUAUAUCUCUAUUUCACACUCUACGAUCAUUCAAAAGAGAAAUUACCUGUGAAAAAAUGCGGAUUACAACUGGAGAGAGAACUAUAUAUCAGAAGUAUGCACAACAAUUCGUACAUGCUGAAAAUCAGUGUGAAUACAAUUUGAUUUACGAUGAAAUAAAAAAAUUGAAAUUAAAGAAGUUUAUCGAUUACUUUAACAUAAAUUGGCAUUCAAUAAAAGAAGAAUGGGUGCCAUCUCUUCAGACUGCGGUCAGUUUUGGGAAUCAAUCAAACAACAGGUUGGAGUUGAUCAAUUCGAAAGUCACGUUGCUUGUUAAGCGACAUUCGCGGCUUCUCGAUAUCUUCGAAGAUCUUGACAGUUUGGUGCUGACUUUUAGAGCAGAGCGGGAUGCAAAGGCUGCCAAAGUUCAGGUGAAAGUGCCUCUAGCUAUUGAUUUAGUGCAUGAAGACGAGAGUCACUAUUUGCAGGUUCUAACUCCAUAUACUUUUCGUUUGGUAUCUGAUAAAUUUUCUUUGAAAAAUGAUGUUCAUUUAUGUAGUGAAAUUUCAACUAAUGAAUUUUUGGUUACAACAUCGGAAGGAAUUGUUACCACUUCAGAAAGUAGAUGUAACUGCAGAUUCUUCUGCACCUACCAGCUACCCUGCCAACAUAUCUUGCACGUUAGGGAGAAACUAGUUUUACCUCUGUUUGACACCACCCUUGUCCCAAGAAGAUGGACCAAAGAGUUCUAUUCGAGCAGUAGUCGAUUGUUACAAACCGACCCGGACCCCGAAGAAUAUGUUGAAACUGAAGAGAUUAUUGUUGAGCCUCCUGUGUCUCCAAGAAAACUUCUGCCACAGAGUAAAAAAUCUCGCAUAGCCAUCACCAAAAUUCAGAAACUAGCUUCGCUAGCUUUGGAAUCGCCCACUAGACAGUUUCCUCAGAGGAUGGAAGUUUUAGAUGAGAUUAUAAGACUGUGGGAACUUAAUAGGGAAGUUUCCGUGAUGGAGGUUGAAACCUUAGAUCUUGAUGUAAUUCAGGCUGUGGACCCGAUUGAAGAAAUCAAACAGGAAGAUUUAGAUGAGUCAUCUUUCAUGGCGUACGAAGAAGUAGUAGUAAACACUUGUACAUGAUAUUUAUGAAAUCAAGUCUUGAGCUCUUGCCUCUAGGAGGAAUCUACCUCUUCUUUAAAUUUGUAAUAGCAUAGAGAAACAAUAGCAUAAGUAGAUAUCCCAUGGUAUAGGGUGUUUAUGUCGUAACUUUUACUGUUAUCUCAAGCCGGUAGUCCACGUAGUCUUUCCCAUAAAGCUAUGUGACGCUGGCAAUCUCUCAUAUUGUGCCGUUCAUACAAUCUCACCCGGCCAAAACAGUAAAAAUCGACAGUAUUCGGCUUGAGAUAACAGUAAAAGUUGCGACAUAAACGCCCUAUACCAUGGGAUAUCUACUUACGCUAUUAUUUCUCUAUGGUAAUAGGCAGUAAUCUCCAAGGUGAGACUUAUGUGUUCUUGAGUGCCUAAUGUUUUGUGUACAUAAUUUCAUAUUUUUAAUUCCAUAUUGUUAGUAGCAUGCAUUCGAGUCACAUGGCAUGGAUCUUGUCUUUGAAACGGAUCUCAAGCAAUAUCACAAUGCUUGUUGAACAAAAGUCGGUAAAGCUGCGUUUACACCAAAGUUAUUGACAAAAUGUUCAUUUUUCCGUCCUUAUAGAUUCUAUUAGAUUGAACAUAACUUAUCAUACACAUGUUGUGCAUAAUAUGAAUAUUAUGUGUUUGUCAAGCUCCGUUUAAUCUAUGGGUGCGUACAGAUUUACGCGCCGCGAACAUGAGUAAUUCACUUUUAAUCAGCUGAUGCCAAGCUUUUUAUAUCUGUAUCUUACCGUUUCUGUAAAAAUACAGAUAUAAUCAGCUGAUAAGGGCGGAAAAAUCAACAUUUUGAUAAUAACUGUGGUGUAAACGCAGCUUAAGUUGUUUCUGAAAUAAACUGACAAUCUCUAUACUUAGUAUUCUGUUCCAAUUUUGAAUAAAUUAAAAAUCAAAUAUUUGUUUGAUGCUUCCUUACAUCGAUAAAUAUAUAAGUUCCAGUAAACAUGAGUCCUAAAAUUCUUUGUUAGUUGUUACCAAGAAAAUGAUGGCGGAAGAUUUCACAGUUUUAAAUUUUAUAAUUUUGUGGCAGCCUCAUGUAUGCUACUAUUGGGUUUUAAUUUUUAAAAAAUCACACACAUAAUAGGAAAUAUUCACACAAUAUUAAUGUAUACAAUAUAAGAAGCAAUAAUGUUACCUCGGGUCCAAUCCAAUUUCAAGGAGUCAAGUGUUUAGCAAGAUAGUAUCAAUAUUAUGCCUCUUCUAUGGCAAUAGAUCAGUAUGACCAUAGCCACCUCUAAUACAUAAGGCCCCGGCCUACGAUAUUGCAACGUCGCAGUGUAGGCCUAGCAUCUAAUACAUGAUUGGUGAAAAAGAUCAGCUGGUUUUUAAAAAUCUUUUCACCAAUCAUGCAUUAGAUUCUAGGUCUAAACUGCAACGUCGCAAUAUCGUAGGCCGGGGCCUUGUAUUAGAGGUGGCUAUGGUAUGACUCAUUAGAGAUAGACAAUUCCUCCAAUCUUUCCAGCACUCUCAAUGCCUGGAGAUUCCAAUGCAAUUUGGUUUGAGGCUUUUCUACUUUAAUAUAUCAGUUUAUUUAUGAGUACAUUAUUGAUAAUUCUUGUAAAUACAAAUAUUUUAAUAGUAAAUUCUAUGAAUUUAUAUGUAGCCUUUGUUAAAUAAAUGAAUCAACAUU